UGAAAUCCAGAUUUCCUGAAAGCUCCAGGAAUGCAGUGACAGUCCGUUUUACCGAGUCGGGGAAGGAAGAAAACACACGAGCAGGAGCCGCAAUGAGUUUCGAUCUGUCAUCAGCUGCGGGUAAGGAUGAAGAAAAGAUAACGAAGGAUGAGGCACAGAAGGACGAAAUAAGUUGGCCAUGGGGCAAGAACAAAGAGAAGGACAAGGAAAGCAAGGACAAGUCCGGAAGUAAGGAAAAGGACAAGUCCGGAAGUAAGGAAAAGGACAAGUCCGGAAGUAAGGACAAGGAAAAGGACAAGUCUGGACAUAAGGACAAGGACAAGGAAAAGGAUGGUAAAAAGAAGGACAAAAAGAAUAAGCACAAGAAGGACAAAUCAGGCAACCACAGUUCAUCUUCCAGCAGUGAUGAUGAGAAAUGAUGCUUCCCAGGGGACCUCUGCUCUGGUAGUCUCUCUAAAAUCUCGGCUGAGUGAGAGUGCCAGGUUUUCUUCUUGCCCUUCAUUCCUAGAAGCUGAUGUUCUGACAACAAACAGAAGGCCUGCUGGAUUCCCUCCUUUAUAGUUUUUCACCACAAGAUGGUGGUACUCUCCACCUGCGAAAGCAUUAUUUUCAAGAUGGAUGUAUCAUAAGAAUAAAUAACAGAUUGCUGA